CUCUUUCUCUCUCUCUCUGGUCGUUGUCAGCUCACCCUGACCCCUGCCCUCCCUGGAUGGUGACUUGCAGGCCGGUGACAUGAGGCUGGCCCCCGUUCUGCUUCCCCUGCUGCUGCAGGCCUUCCAGGCCACAGCGCAGGACCUCCCGGCAGUUGAGAGGGCCAUUGCCUUCCAAGACUGUCCCGUGGACCUCUUCUUUGUGCUGGACACCUCUGAGAGCGUGGCCUUGAGGCUGAAGCCCUAUGGGGCCCUGGUGGACAAGGUCAAGGCCUUCACCAAGCGCUUCAUCGACAACCUGCAAGACAGGUACUACCGCUGCGACCGCAACCUGGUGUGGAACGCGGGCGCGCUGCACUACAGCGACGAGGUGGAGAUCAUCCGCGGGCUCACGCGCAUGCCCAGCGGCCGCGACGAGCUGAAGGCCAGCGUGGACGCGGUCAAGUACUUCGGCAAGGGCACCUACACAGACUGCGCCAUCAAGAAGGGGCUGGAGGAGCUGCUCAUCGGGGGCUCCCACCUGAAGGAGAACAAGUACCUCAUUGUGGUGACCGACGGGCACCCCCUGGAGGGCUACAAGGAGCCAUGCGGGGGCCUGGAGGACGCUGUGAACGAGGCCAAGCACCUGGGCAUCAAAGUCUUCUCAGUGGCCAUCACGCCCGACCACCUGGAGCCACGUCUGAGCAUCAUCGCCACAGACCACACGUACCGGCGCAACUUCACAGCGGCCGACUGGGGGCAGAACCGCGAUGCGGAGGAGAUCAUCACCCAGACCAUCGACACCAUCACCGACAUGAUUAAAAAUAAUGUGGAACAAGUGUGCUGCUCCUUCGAGUGCCAGCCUGCCAGAGGACCUCCUGGACCACGGGGCGACCCUGGGUAUGAGGGAGAACGAGGGAAGCCGGGUCUCCCAGGAGAGAAAGGAGAGCCCGGAGACCCUGGAAGGCCAGGGGACCUGGGACCUGUCGGCUACCAGGGGAUGAAGGGAGAGAAAGGAAGCCGAGGGGAGAAGGGCUCCAGGGGAGCUAAGGGUUACAAGGGUGAGAAGGGCAAGCGCGGCAUUGACGGCAUGGACGGGAUGAAGGGGGAGACGGGGUACCCUGGCCUGCCGGGCUGCAAGGGCUCGCCCGGAUUCGAUGGUGCUCAAGGACCCCCAGGGCCCAAGGGCGAUGUGGGCGCAUUCGGACCAAAGGGAGAAAAGGGCGAGCCAGGAGUCAACGGGGAGCCUGGGAGGCCAGGGAACACAGGACCCCCAGGAGACGAGGGAGUCCCCGGAAAUCCUGGUCCCCCGGGAGAGAGGGGUGAGGCCGGCGACGAGGGCAACCCGGGGCCGGACGGCACCCCCGGAGAUAGGGGUGGCCCUGGGGAAAGAGGACCACAAGGAACCCCAGGCGUGCGGGGCCCAAGAGGAGACCCGGGUGAAGCUGGACCCCCAGGUGACCAGGGACGAGAAGGCCCCGUUGGUGUCCCCGGCGACCCGGGCGAUGCUGGCCCCAUCGGACCUAAAGGAUACCGCGGAGACGAGGGGCCCCCGGGCCUUGAGGGUCUCAGAGGCGCCCCAGGGCCGGCAGGACCCCCCGGAGACCCCGGGCUGAUGGGUGAAAGGGGUGAAGAUGGCGCCCCUGGAAACGGCACUAAAGGCUUCCCCGGCUUCCCUGGCUAUCCGGGCAGCAGAGGCCCUCCCGGGAUAAACGGCACUAAAGGCUACCCCGGCCUCAAGGGGGACGAGGGAGAGGCUGGAGAACCCGGAGAGGAUAACAAGGACAUUCCACCCCCUGGUAUCAAAGGCGCGAAGGGGUACCGGGGCCCCGAAGGCCCCCAGGGACCCCCAGGACACACAGGACCGCCGGGACCAGAUGAAUGCGAGAUUUUGGACAUCAUCAUGAAAAUGUGCUCUUGCUGUGAGUGCAAGUGCGGCCCCAUCGACAUCCUCUUCGUGUUGGACAGCUCCGAGAGCAUCGGGCUGCAGAACUUCGAGAUCGCCAAGGACUUCAUCACCAGGGUCAUCGACCGGCUGAGCCGGGAUGAGCUGGUCAAGUUUGAGCCUGGGGAGUCGCAUGCAGGCGUGGUGCAGUACAGCCACAACCGGAUGCAGGAGCACGUGGACAUGAGGGACCCUAACAUUAGGAAUGCACAGGAACUCAAGGCAGCCAUCAAGAAGCUGAAGUGGAUGGCGGGCGGCACGUUCACGGGCGAGGCGCUGCAGUACACCCGGGAUCGGCUUCUGCCACACACCUCGAAUAACCGGAUCGCCCUGGUCAUCACGGAUGGCCGCUCGGACACCCAGAGGGAUACCACCCCUCUCAACGUGCUCUGUGGCCCUGACAUUCAGGUGGUCUCAGUGGGCAUCAAGGACUUGUUUGGUUUCGUGGCGGGCUCUGACCAGCUCAAUGACAUUUCCUGCCAAGGCAUAGCUCCCCAGGGCCGGCCAGGCAUCUCGCUGGUCAAAGAGAACUACGCUGAGCUGCUGGAGGAUGCCUUCCUGAAGAACAUCACCACCCAGAUCUGCAUAGACAAGAAAUGUCCAGAUUACACCUGCCCAAUCACCUUCUCCUCCCCGGCUGACAUCACCAUCCUGUUGGACGGCUCAGCCAGCGUGGGCAGCCACAACUUCGAGACCACGAAGCGCUUCGCCAAGCAGCUGGCCGAGCGCUUCCUGACGGCCAGCCGGACCGACGCCUCCCAGGAUGUGCGUGUGGCCGUGGUGCAGUACAGUGGCACCGGGCAGCAGCAGCCGGCGCGAGCGGCCCUGCAGUUCCUGCAGAACUACACCGUGCUGGCCAGCACCGUGGACAGCAUGGACUUCUUCAACGACGCCACCGACGUCAACGACGCCAUCAGAUAUGUGACCCGCUUUUACCGCGACACCUCUUCUGGCGCCGCCAAGAAGAGGCUGCUGCUCUUCUCAGAUGGCAACUCUCAGGGGGCGACGGCGGCGGCCAUCGAGAAGGCCGUGCAGGAGGCCCAGCAGGCGGGCAUCGAGGUCUUCGUGGUGGUGGUGGGGCACCAAGUGAACGAACCGCACAUCCGAGUCCUGGUCACGGGCAAGACGGCCGAGUAUGAUGUGGCCUAUGGCGAACGCCACCUCUUCCGUGUGCCCAGCUACACGGCCCUGUUGCGGGGUGUCUUCUACCAGACAGUGUCCAGGAAGGUGGCACAGGGCUAGCCGGCCUCCCCCAACCUGAAACAAAGUAAAAAUGUGAUAUAAAUCUUCCUCACCAGCCCAAACAGUUAGAAUUUUUUAAAGGAAAAGCUUGAAAAGCCGCCAUGCGAGCGGGCUCUGCGUCCCCGUCCUGGGACCCUGUCCCCUCCCCCGCACGCCUAAACCCUCAUCUCACCAUCCCGAGUUAACACCCUGAACCUCCCGCAGCCUCCAGCCCGCAGUCCAUAAGAACCUCUGAAACCUGAUUUCUCUGGGGUGCCAGUUACGCACUACCCCUCCCCCGUCGCUAACCCUGCAGAACCCUCCACUUAACAUCUCAUUUACACAUAGAGUCAAAGUCCACUACUUAAUUCAUGUGAGAUGACGGACUACGUUUCGCUUUUGGAAAGCCAGCAUUGGGAGGGUUUCUUCAACGCUUCUUACGAGGGUCUCGUCACUCACUGCCCGGACCUCGGCUCCGGCAGCCUCGGCCGGAGAGCUCAGGGCAGCGCGUCAGCAUUGACCAGCAUCUCCAGGGAACCACAGAAAAUAGUGUUUCCUUGACCCCAUGUCCUCGCUGACCCUGAGAACAAAGGUGCUAUCCUGUCGACCCCCCCCCAACCCAUCUACACAGAGAGGCCUGGGCACCUGGGCUACCUGGUAGCGCAAAGUGACAUGCUUUCUUAAAAACAAGCCAAAGCUCUCUUUCCAAGGAAGUGAUUGGCUCGGAAUUAUACUGAAGACCCUCUUUCUUUGUUAGUUUUAGUUUUU